AUAGGUCACGAACCCCUAUUGCGUCCCCUAGUCGCACAAGCGACGUAUCUUCUAUCGACCGACUCGCAGAUGUCAUGCGUGCGUUUGUUGGGAAGAUGUCCACAUCUCGAGGAGGUGCAUCAUUCCGUGGAGAAGCAGUUCCGACCUUUGAUCCUGAAGACAGGGAUCAAGAUGUCGAGAUGUGGCUUCGAAAAAUGAACGACCUACGUGAUGUGUUCCGUUGGUCCGAAGAAGCCACAAUAUACCAUGCCCUAUCCAAACUCCGCGGAUUGGCAGAAACGUGGUAUAAGGGAUUACGAUGCAUCAAACUCAGCUGGGCUGAUUGGCAGCAACAACUACUGAAGGCAUUCCCUCCAUCUAGGGAUUUUCACCAACGCCUGGAGGAAAUGUUCCUGCGUAAGAAACGGAUGGGCGAAAGCUAUUCGAAAUAUUACUACGAAAAGAUGGUGCUGAUAAACGCGUGCAAGGUUACUGGCACUGACGCCGUGUCGUGUCUGAUUGGGGGAAUCCAAGACUCAACUUUGAAAAAUUCGAUAAGAGCUGCGGACUACCAAAGACCUGAGGAUCUUCUCCAAUACUUUCGAUCCUUGCCUGGUACCUCAGCUUCGACGGAGAGAAAUACCCAGCCGACGUUCGGACGUCGUGUUGGAACUAGCGCAUCAUCUCUGAAUAGGGCGUGUCACGUGUGCCGGUCGGAGGGCCAUAUAGCGAAGUUCUGUCCCAAACGAAGAGGAAUGGUAUGCAACUACUGCCGGAAAGAGGGGCACCAGGAAGUCACUUGCCUCCAAAAGGCAAGAAGGAAGGACGGGGGUAAUCUGGGGACUCCCCUAACAUGCAACUACUGCCGGAAAGAGGGGCACCAGGAAGCCACUUGCCUCCAAAAGGCAAGAAGGAAGGAUGGGGGUAAUCUGGGAACUCCCCUAACAUGCAGCUACUGCCAUAAAAAGGGGCACAGCGAAGCCACUUGCUUUAGAAAGCAGGGGAAGAGCAACGCAACGUCGACGCCCACGACGUUGUGACUAGGCCACCAGGAGGAGAGCCGACCC